AUGACGGACCAUCGUGUUCUAUUAAUUUUGCUGUGUUGUUCUAGUGUUAUUUGUGAAGAUUGUGUAACUUUCGACUUUGAAAAGGACUUUAACAGUUCAUUCAGUGAUGUGAUCGGUGUGUGCGGAAAUAUACAGGAUAUGUGGAAUGUUGGGGCUUAUGAAGACAUUCCGAUAGACAGCCCUGAUGAGAAUUCGUUAAAGUUCGUGUAUCCAAAGGAAAGUUUGAGUUGUGCUUCUUCUUUUACAUUUGAAAUGACUGCAUCGGGUUUGUUGGAAAUCAAUCUGUUUAUGAGACCGACUUCUGGAACGGAUCAAGUGACGAUCCUCGCGAACCAAAAAGUGCCUAGUGGACAAGAUGUGGUAGUGGGUACUGCUUGGAUCAUUGCGUCGGAUCCUAAUGUCGUCGCUGGAUGGAUUACUGUCAGGAUAAACAUCACUGGCUUUGGAACUUUUCCUGGUUAUAUUACCAUACUUGGAAUGGCUGCCAGAGAUUCAAUAGUGUUAAUAGACUCUUUUCGAUACAUAUCACCUAAUAUAGAGGAAGAAGAGUGUAUCAUAUAUAAAAAAGUAACCACCACGACCACAGAAACAACACAAUCUGAUAAAAGUACAACAGAAAUAGAGACUACUCAAUACUCCUCGCCCUAUAUAACUACUACUACUUCAGAAAUAACUACUGAAACAGAUUACACUAAAAAUGAUCCUGUAACGACUGAAAAAGAAAAUACCGAAAGCACGAUUAGAGACAGUACAGUAUCUAGUACAGAAACUACUUACUCGACAGUUACUGUAACGCCACCAGCCUCGAUAUCAACGACUGAAAAUUCUACGCCACACACUACAUUAGGACCAAAAACUUCAACUGAUCCCGAUGUCACUGAUCAAACAUCUACAACUUACUUUGAAUCAACUAGUACUGCCUUCACAACAACUGUCACAAAUACAGAUGUUACCUAUCCAGUUUCUGUUGACACCACUGUACCAUCGGAAUUUCCUUCAUCUGCUGGACCGGAAAUUACAACUGAUGAUAUUACUACUCUAUCACCAGUAACAACAAAAGAGCCCGAAACUCCAACUACUCCAGCGGGUCAAGAACCUACUACGCAAUCUGAAACCACAACGGAAAUUAUAACAAAAACAACAACAACUUCAGAUGUUACAACAAAGGCAGAUCAAACAACGGAAUCUCCUGGGACUACUGAACCAAACUAUACACAGGAUAAUACAGUGUCCACAACUCAAGUGACGCCCACAACAACGAAAUCAGAUGCUUCUAGUUCGACUUCAGAUUUAAGUACAACUUGUUCUGACACUACAGUCACACAAAUAACUAUACGUCCAGAAACCACCACAGUAUCACAAAGUGAAUCAAUUUCAACAGCUCAAGAUAUUAACUCAACCACAACUGAACAACCCAAUUCAUCACCCACUGGUGAAAUUACAAAUGAGACUGAGCCCACAACAAAAUCUCCACCCGUUUAUCCGAGACACGGUUUUUGGAACGCUUGGACAAUAACUAUGGUGAAUAUUAGAGGUAAUGUCGAUAAAAGAGAAAUCAUUAUAUUGGAUUCAAAUAUGUACUUUGAAUACGUCCCUAUCAAAAUAACACUACAAUCAGAGAAAAUAGAUCCACAUAUAACAGAAAAUUUGGAUAUGGUUAACAAAAUCAAGAGAAAACGUCUCAGAAAACGAAUCAGAAGGUCAAUAGAGGAAUUAGAGAACACUAAACAAACAUCUAACAAUUUUGAAUCCAAUGAACUUGUAAAUAAUCAAGGUGCAACCACAACCAGCGUUGAUUCUACCGACCAAGGGGGAGCCACAACGGAUCUGGGUGGUACCACAACGAGCGGUGAUUCUACCGACCAAGGGGGAGCAACAACGGACCUAGGUGGUACCACAACAAGCGGUGAUUCUACCGACCAAGGGGGAGCAACAACAGACCUAGGUGGAACGACAACGAGCGGUGAUUCUACCGACCAAGGGGGAGCAACAACGGAUCUGGGUGGUACCACAACAAGCGGUGAUUCUACUGACCAAGGGGGAGCAACAACAGACCUAGGUGGAACGACAACGAGCGGUGAUUCUACCGACCAAGGGGGAGCAACAACGGACCUAGGUGGUACCACAACAAGCGGUGAUUCUACUGAUCAAGGGGGAGCCACAACGGAUCUGGUUGGUACCACAACAAGCGGUGAUUCUACCGACCAAGGGGGAGCAACAACGGAUCUGGGCGGUACCACAACAAGCGGUGAUUCUACCGACCAAGGGGGAGCAACAACGGAUCUGGGUGGUACCACAACAAGCGGUGAUUCUACUGACCAAGGGGAAGCCACAACGGAUCUGGGUGGUACCACAACAAGCGGUGAUUCUACCGACCAAGGGGGAGCAACAACAGACCUAGGUGGAACGACAACGAGCGGUGAUUCUACCGACCAAGGGGGAGCAACAACGGACCUAGGUGGUACCACAACAAGCGGUGAUUCUACUGAUCAAGGGGGAGCCACAACGGAUCUGGUUGGUACCACAACAAGCGGUGAUUCUACCGACCAAGGGGGAGCAACAACGGAUCUGGGCGGUACCACAACAAGCGGUGAUUCUACCGACCAAGGGGGAGCAACAACGGAUCUGGGUGGUACCACAACGAGCGGUGAUUCUACCGACCAAGGGGGAGCAACAACGGACCUAGGUGGAACGACAACGAGCGGUGAUUCUACCGACCAAGGGGGAGCCACAACGGCUUUGGGUGGUACCACAACAAGCGGUGAUUCUACCGACCAAGGGGGAGCAACAACAGACCUAGGUGGAACGACAACGAGCGGCGAUUCUACCGACCAAGGGGGAGCAACAACGGAUCUGGGUGGUACCACAACAAGCGGUGAUUCUACUGACCAAGGGGGAGCAACAACAGACCUAGGUGGAACGACAACGAGCGGUGAUUCUACCGACCAAGGGGGAGCAACAACGGACCUAGGUGGUACCACAACAAGCGGUGAUUCUACUGAUCAAGGGGGAGCCACAACGGAUCUGGUUGGUACCACAACAAGCGGUGAUUCUACCGACCAAGGGGGAGCAACAACGGAUCUGGGCGGUACCACAACAAGCGGUGAUUCUACCGACCAAGGGGGAGCAACAACGGAUCUGGGCGGUACCACAACAAGCGGUGAUUCUACUGACCAAGGGGGAGCCACAACGGAUCUGGGUGGUACCACAACAAGCGGUGAUUCUACCGACCAAGGGGGAGCAACAACGGAUCUGGGUGGUACCACAACAAGCGGUGAUUCUACUGACCAAGGGGGAGCCACAACGGAUCUGGGUGGUACCACAACAAGCGGUGAUUCUACUGACCAAGGGGGAGCAACAACAGACCUAGGUGGAACGACAACGAGCGGUGAUUCUACUGACCAAGGGGGAGCAACAACGGACCUAGGUGGUACCACAACAAGCGGUGAUUCUACUGACCAAGGGGGAGCCACAACGGAUCUGGGUGGUACCACAACAAGCGGUGAUUCUACUGACCAAGGGGGAGCAACAACAGACCUAGGUGGAACGACAACGAGCGGUGAUUCUACCGACCAAGUGGGAGCAACAACGGACCUAGGUGGUACCACAACAAGCGGUGAUUCUACUGAUCAAGGGGGAGCCACAACGGAUCUGGGUGGUACCACAACAAGCGGUGAUUCUACCGACCAAGGGGGAGCAACAACGGAUCUGGGCGGUACCACAACAAGCGGUGAUUCUACCGACCAAGGGGGAGCAACAACGGAUCUGGGUGGUACCACAACAAGCGGUGAUUCUACUGACCAAGGGGGAGCAACAACGGAUCUGGGCGGUACCACAACAAGCGGUGAUUCUACCGACCAAGGGGGAGCAACAACGGAUCUGGGUGGUACCACAACAAACGGUGAUUCUACUGACCAAGGGGGAGCAACAACAGACCUAGGUGGAACGACAACGAGCGGUGAUUCUACCGACCAAGGGGGAGCAACAACGGACCUAGGUGGUACCACAACAAGCGGUGAUUCUACUGACCAAGGGGGAGCAACAACAGACCUAGGUGGAACGACAACGAGCGGUGAUUCUACCGACCAAGGGGGAGCAACAACGGACCUAGGUGGUACCACAACAAGCGGUGAUUCUACUGAUCAAGGGGGAGCCACAACGGAUCUGGGUGGUACCACAACAAGCGGUGAUUCUACUGACCAAGGGGGAGCAACAACAGACCUAGGUGGAACGACAACGAGCGGUGAUUCUACCGACCAAGGGGGAGCAACAACGGACCUAGGUGGUACCACAACAAGCGGUGAUUCUACCGACCAAGGGGGAGCAACAACGGAUCUGGGUGGUACCACAACAAGCGGUGAUUCUACUGACCAAGGGGGAGCAACAACGGAUCUGGGCGGUACCACAACAAGCGGUGAUUCUACCGACCAAGGGGGAGCAACAACGGAUCUGGGUGGUACCACAACAAACGGUGAUUCUACUGACCAAGGGGGAGCAACAACAGACCUAGGUGGAACGACAACGAGCGGUGAUUCUACCGACCAAGGGGGAGCAACAACGGACCUAGGUGGUACCACAACAAGCGGUGAUUCUACUGAUCAAGGGGGAGCCACAACGGAUCUGGGUGGUACCACAACAAGCGAUGAUUCUACUGACCAAGGGGGAGCAACAACAGACCUAGGUGGAACGACAACGAGCGGUGAUUCUACCGACCAAGGGGGAGCAACAACGGACCUAGGUGGUACCACAACAAGCGGUGAUUCUACUGAUCAAGGGGGAGCCACAACGGAUCUGGGUGGUACCACAACAAGCGGUGAUUCUACCGACCAAGGGGGAGCAACAACGGAUCUGGGCGGUACCACAACAAGCGGUGAUUCUACCGACCAAGGGGGAGCAACAACGGAUCUGGGUGGUACCACAACAAGCGGUGAUUCUACCGACCAAGGGGGAGCAACAACGGACCUAGGUGGUACCACAACAAGCGGUGAUUCUACUGAUCAAGGGGGAGCCACAACGGAUCUGGGUGGUACCACAACAAGCGGUGAUUCUACCGACCAAGGGGGAGCCACAACGGAUCUGGGUGGUACCACAACGAGCGGUGAUUCUACCGACCAAGGGGGAGCCACAACGGAUCUGGGUGGUACCACAACAAGCGGUGAUUCUACCGACCAAGGGGGAGCAACAACGGAUCUGGGUGGUACCACAACGAGCGGUGAUUCUACCGACCAAGGGGGAGCAACAACGGAUCUGGGUGGUACCACAACAAGCGGUGAUUCUACUGACCAAGGGGGAGCAACAACAGACCUAGGUGGAACGACAACGAGCGGUGAUUCUACCGACCAAGGGGGAGCAACAACGGACCUAGGUGGUACCACAACAAGCGGUGAUUCUACUGAUCAAGGGGGAGCCACAACGGAUCUGGGUGGUACCACGACAAGCGGUGAUUCUACCGACCAAGGGGGAGCAACAACGGAUCUGGGCGGUACCACAACAAGCGGUGAUUCUACCGACCAAGGGGGAGCAACAACGGAUCUGGGUGGUACCACAACAAGCGGUGAUUCUACCGACCAAGGGGGAGCCACAACAGAUCUGGGUGGUACCACAACAAGCGGUGAUUCUACAGACCAAGGGGCAGCAACAACGGAUCUGGGAGGUACCACAACAAGCGGUGAUUCUACCGACCAAGGGGGAGCAACAACGGAUCUGGGUGGUACCACAACAAGCGGUGAUUCUACCGACCAAGGGGGAGCAACAACAGACCUAGGUGGAACGACAACGAGCGGUGAUUCUACCGACCAAGGGGGAGCAACAACGGAUCUGGGUGGUACCACAACAAGCGGUGAUUCUACCGACCAAGGGGGAGCCACAACGGAUCUGGUUGCUACCACAGCAAGCGGUGAUUCUAACGACCAAGGGGGAACUUUAGUGACCACUGAAUCUACUACAACGAACGAAUCUUCAAGCAAUGGACCUGACCAAGGUGGAACCACACCGACUAUAGAAACUACAAAUCCACAACCUGAGCAAGAUACAGGUUCUUCAACACCACAAAGUUUCUGGACUCCACUAACCAUUACGGGCCUCACUGAUCUCAAUCAGCCCACAAACUCCCUCAUCUUUCUCUCCCUCAGUCCCUCUGAGGCGAUAGUCGAGUAUCAGAGGACCACGGAAAACGCGUUUAGAGAGACAUCUAAAGAGACAUUCAAGAUCACUACGCACUUCUAG